CUAGGUCUCAGUAACAUCAUCGGCAUCAUCGUCUACAUCUCGGCUAACUCUGGCGACCCGGGUCAGAGUGACAGCAAGAAGAGUUACUCGUACGGCUGGUCCUUCUACUUCGGGGCGUUGUCCUUCAUCAUGGCGGAGACGGUGGGCGUUCUGGCCGUCCACAUGUUUAUAGAGAAACACCGGAAGCAGAGGGCCAAGUCUCGCACCGAACUCAUCAAGAAAUCAGCGUUCAGCCGUAUCCCGUCUUACCGUUACCGCUUCCGCCGUCGCUCCAGCAUCCGUUCCUCCGAGGCGCCCAGCCGGGAUGCUUCUCCCGUCGGGAAGGGGGGUUACAGCGGCCCGGGGACAGCCUCCGACCUCCCCAUGUACACGCUAACCCCCCGCGAAGCCGGAUCUAAGGCCGGCAUGGGGGGAGUGCUCAAUUCAGAGAGGGAGUUUCUACAGGGCGGUACUCUGGCCAAUACCAAGGACUACGGCAAAGACGCAGCCAAUAGGAGAACCACGCCCGUCUGAGGGAGGCGGGGCCUAGGAGAUGAUUGGAUGGGAGAUGGAUGAUGAUAAUGAUGAUGAGAGACAGUGAGGGAGGAAGAGGCAUUAUGAACUUUGACCUCUCUGCAACCUCCAGGGAUAAUUGGCAAAGGGGGUUGAAAUUAGACGUUGGUUCCUAACCACAGAUCUAGGAUCAGAUUCCCCUUUUAAAACCCCUUAACCUCAUCCCCUAGUGCAGGGGUGGGGGGGUAACUACCCCUUAACCUCAUCCCCUAGUGCAGGGGGGGGGGUAACUACCCCUUAAACUCAUCCCCUAGUGGAGGGCGGGGGCACUACCUCCUAACCUCAUCCCCUAGUGGAGGGGUGGGGCACUACCCCCUAACCUCAUCCCCUUGUGCAGGGGUGGGCACUACCCCUUAAUUAACCUCAUCCCUUAGUGCAGGGGUGGGCACUACCCCUUAAUUAACCUCAUCCCCUAGUGGAGGGGGUGGGCACUAC